AUGCGGCCAAAAAUUGUGGUAUUCCUUUGCGCUUUAGCGAGCCUGGGCUCAACGGCCCAGGGCGCUGCGACAACUGUUUCUCCAGGGUGCGGCACGGUACCCGCUGAUAUCGUGUUCCUGCUAGAUUCGUCUGGAAGUGUUGGUUCUGCAAACUUUCAAAAGCAAAAGGACUUUGUUGCAAAAUUCGCCAAUUCCUUUGACAUUGGACCCCGAAAUGUACAAAUUGGCGUCACUACUUUCUCAACGGCGGUCCACAACCAGUUUAAUUUGAACAAAUACAGUGCAAAAGCGCCGCUGGUCCAUGCCAUCAAUGCCAUUCCGUACAAUGCCGGAAGCACGCAUACUGAUAUCGCCAUCGAUUACGUCACUGGACACAGUUUCACUCCUGCGGCAGGAGACAGAGAUCACGUGGCCAAUAUUUUGAUCGUGAUGACCGACGGUCAGUCUAACAACAAACCAGCCACUUUGGCCGCCGCUACCAAACUUCAUGCUAAAAACAUCAAGGUCUUUGGAAUCGGUAUUGGCAGUGGUAUUGAUCGUUCAGAGCUGUCACACAUCGCCACAGACGCCAAACACGUGUUCACAGUAUCGAACUUCGGUGCACUGACCACUCUACAGGCAGAGCUCAAGAAAACUGCGUGUGAGAUUGAUGGACAAUGGAGCAGUUAUGGUUUCUGGAGUCCAUGUACAAAGACAUGUGGAGGAGGUACCCACUACAGGGAGAGAACCUGCUCCAACCCUCCACCAGCCAACGGAGGAAAACAGUGCGUGGGUGCACACCGAGAAACGGCCGCUUGUCAUGCGCAAGCGUGCCCUACGAUCCCGCCUACAACUACCACGCAAAAGCCAGCGACCACACACGCGCCAACCACACCCAUUCCAGGAUGUGGUGUAGUGCCAGCUGACAUCGUCUUUAUCCUCGAUUCUUCUGGCAGUGUCGGAACAGCAAACUUUCAGAAAAUGUUGCAGUUUGUCAGAACAACAGCUCAGGGAUUCGAUAUCGGCCCUAACGGAGUGGAAGUGUCCGUCAUCACCUUCAGCGACAAGCCGCAUUUGGAAUUCCAUCUCAACAAAUACCAUGACAAGAAUUCCGUUUUGAACGCCAUUUCCAACGUCCAUUACAUAACUGGCGGUACCAACACUGCUGACGCACUUAAAUACGCAAGAGAGACCAGCUUCACAGCGGCAAAUGGCGUCAGGCCCAACUCUGCCAAGAUUGCAAUCGUCAUCACUGAUGGAAAGUCGAACAGCGCCGGAGCUACCGCCAAUGAGGCCAAUUUGCUACGUAAUGACGGCGUCACUGUUUUUUCCGUCGGCGUCGGUGCAGGACCAAAGACUAGCGAGCUGAACUCCAUGGCAACCGACCCUGACAAUCAGCACGUGUUUGUCGUCAAUAACUUCGAUGCUCUGACACAAAUCAAGAGUACCCUGCAGCAGAAGGCUUGUGAAGUGAAGGCAACCGUUGCUCCAGCACCACAUGCCAACACAGGUUGUGGCGCAAAGGCCGAUAUCGUCUUCUUGUUAGACUCCUCUGGUAGUGUAGGCUCGAGUAACUUCAACAAGAUGCUUCACUUUGUCCAGAAUGUGUCCGACACUUUCACCAUCGGACCCAAUGAUGUCCAGGUCGGAGUGGACACCUUCUCGACAGGCCACAAGGCAGAAUUCAACAUGGGGUCACACCUGACUAAACCAUCUCUGUUGUCAGCCAUCGGCAAUAUCAAGUAUCACAGCGGGUCUACGCACACCGGACAGGCCAUCAACUUCAUGCACACAUCAAGUUACACGGCCGCAGCAGGACAUCGUCCCAACGUUCCUAAGAUUGGCAUUGUUGUCACGGACGGUAACUCCAACAACAGGCAAUUGACCAUUCAGGAGGCUGCCGCUGCGAGAAAGGCUGGAAUCACAAUGCUGGCUAUCGGUGUUGGCCACGGAAUAAACUCUGCAGAGCUUAACGCCAUCGCUAGCGACCCAGACAGCCAGUACGCUUUCAGGGCCGAUAACUUCGAUGCUUUGGGAUCAUUGAAGACUCUACUUUCAACCAAAGCAUGUGAAGUUUCACAGCCACACCCUAAUGCUACAGCACCACAAGAUUGUGGAGCAGUUGCCGAUAUCAUCUUCAACUUGGAUUCCUCCGGUAGUGUUGGAAAAGCCAACUUCGACAAGAUGCUUGAGUUUGUAAAAACAAUGGUAAAGAACUUCAACGUCGCCAGCGAUAAAAUUCGUAUCGGUCUUUCUAUUUUCUCUUCAAGACAGUACAACAUCUUCAACUUGAACCGCUACACAAACAAGGCUUCCCUGUUGGCUGCCAUCGACAAAGUACCAUACAAGUCUGGAGGUACCAACACCGGAACCGCUCUUAAAGAAGUAUACAGUAAGAUGUUCACCCAACCAAAUGGUGACCGUCCAGGUAUUCCAAACAUUGAAAUCGUCAUCACCGAUGGCCGUUCAAACAACCAUCCCGAUACCGUCAAAGAAGCCGCAAACACUCAGCACAAGGGCAUCAGCGUCUUCGCCGUCGGUGUGGGAGCGGGAGUCAGCAAAUCUGAACUUAACGACAUCGCUUCCGACCCCGACAGUGCGCAUGUCAUGACUGUCACAGAUUUCAGUAAACUUAGUCAGAUUCAGUCUGCCUUCCAGAGCAAGGCCUGUGCAGUCAUACCACCUACAGCACCAGCCUAUAUUCCAACUGCCGUGCCGACACUAUCUCCCCCUCUGGACCCCUGUAUGGAUCAAUUGGCAAACUGUAAGACAUACGGACAGCGCUCCUGCUCUGGGCAAUACACACAGUGGGCCCAGACCAACUGCGCACGUUAUUGUGGAUUCUGUGCAACUUCUGUACCAACCAUCCCUCCAGACUGUGUUGACAAGCUGGCUAACUGCAAAGAGUAUGACGCCACUGUGUGCUCAACAUACGGCCCAUGGGCAACUGACAACUGCAGACAGUUCUGCGGAUUCUGUCAGUUCAACGCUAAAGGUGUCAAUGGAUAUUACGGUCGUUGCUCCUAUGGAGGCAAAACAUAUGGACAGGGAGAGAGCUGGUCUGAUGGAUGUGCCUACGACUGUACUUGUGACGAUGCAUCCAAAGGACAUUAUAGUUGCUACAACAAGUGUCCAUCUUACUACAAUCUGCCACCCCAGUGUACUCUUACCCAGAAGAAGGGUCAGUGCUGUCUUGAGCCAGUCUGCAAUUUUAACCCUACCUACCAAACCACGACUGGACAGACUGUUGGAAACGUCAACGGAAUUAAUACCUGUAAGUACAAUGGACACGAUUACUACCAAGGUCAGACAUGGAAUGUUGGCUGUGACCUCAACUGCCAGUGUGUAGAUGCCGGAGCCGGUAUGUACAGUUGUCAAUCAAGAUGUCCAACAUACAAGGAUCUACCAUCAAUGUGCCACCUCCACAAGCAGCCAGGCAAGUGCUGCCAAGAACCAGUAUGUGAUUACAAUCAACAGUACGGCACAUUCACCGGAACAGGAGCCAUCAGUGGACAGGGAGUUGGAGCCACACCCACAGCUGCACCCCAGUGCGUCGACGUGGCAACCAAUUGCGCUCUCUACCAAGCUAACAUGUGUACUGACGCGGGCUUUCACGCAUUUGCAAAAGCAAACUGUGCCAAGUUCUGCAACCUCUGUAGUGAGCUUAGUGCACCAUCCCCAACUGAUCGAUGUAUAUUCAAGGGGGUAGCAUACCAACAGGGCCAGACCUGGUUCGACGGCUGCGACUUCGAAUGUAUGUGUGAGAACGCCAAGUACGGUUACUACAGAUGCAACAAACGUUGCCCUGACUUUGUCAAUCUGCCUCUUGGAUGUCAUAUGGUCAAGAAAGCCGGAGAAUGUUGUUCCAAAAUCCAGUGUGACGGAGGCCAGGGAGGCAGUUUCAUCGGAUCUUCGACUGUACCUAAUGUAGUAGGUAGCUACCCAGUACCAAACAUUGCCCCAACCCUCGCUCCCCAGCCCGGUUCUGGCGGUGUUCCCGUCCCCGGCGGUGCAACGCCUCUUCCUGGACAAACCUUGGCACCAAACCCUAAUGGCGGAGGAGGAACCCCAGGACUGGUUCCAAGUUUGGUACCAAAACAAAUCGAUGGUUGUUAUGUGAACGGAACACUUUACCAGCAAGGUCUGAGGUGGCAGGACGGAUGCGACUUCACCUGCGUUUGUGAUGAUGGUAAAACCGGACGAUUCCGAUGCCAACCCAAGUGUCCAGAUUUCAAGAACCUUCCUGCUCAAUGUACGUUAAUGGAAGACCCGACUGAUCCCUGCUGUAAGGUGCCAUCCUGUCCCGCUGGGUCCAACGCUCAGAUUCCCGUACCAUCCUAUGGCCCAGGUUUCUCUGGUUACGGACAGGCCCAGCUACCACCACAGAUUGCCACAGGAGGUUACGGCCCCGGACCGUCCAGCAAUGGAACAUCUGGCGGGCCGUCCUCCUUCACCGGCAGUAACCCUGGACCUACAGUUUCCGGAAGCAGAAAUGGUUGCGUGUACAAGGGCCAGGUCCAUCAACAGGGCCAGAGCUGGGACGACGGAUGCGACUUCCGGUGCACAUGCAUGGAUGCCGUGCAAGGAAAAUACAGAUGUCUUGAUAGGUGCCAAUUGUACCAGAACAUUCCAAUUACGUGUACAAUGGUACAAGAUCCCAAAGACCAUUGCUGCAAGAUCCCGCAAUGCAGUGGAGCAGCAGCUACCACCCCAGCACCCUUCUAUGCACGCACAACGCCACCUACCGGCGGAGACUACUGUGUAUAUAAGGGAUCGUAUUACCACCAGGGCGAGGAAUGGAAUGAUGGAUGUAGCUACAAGUGCCGAUGUGAGGAUGCUAAGAACCACUACCACCAAUGUACUGAUAGGUGUGGACGUUACGACAACGUUCCUCUAGGCUGUACUUACCAGCCUGAUACUAAAGACCCACAAUGCUGUCGUGUGCCAGUAUGCAACAUCGCCGGAACCCAGGGAGGUAUUUCCGGAGGAUCAGGAACCGCUCCAACAGGAUUCACGGGAUCUUUUACCGGUUAUGGCAAACCGCAAGGCAGUAACCCCAACAAUACUGUCACUGGUUAUACACGUGCAUGUAUCUACAAGGGUCAGAUUCACCAACAAGGUGAGACCUGGCACGAUGGAUGUAACUACGAUUGCGAGUGUACCGACGCUACAAAGGGCAUGUACAGAUGUACAGACAGAUGUCCACGAUAUGGCUCGCUGCCAGCCACGUGCCAUUUGACCAAUGACCCAAAUAAUCGCUGUUGCCAAAAGGCUGAGUGUGCCCCGACUGCCACUACUCAAUGUAAAGAUAACAGAGCAGACUGCGCCUCGUUUGGACAAUACUCCUGUCACGCCCCAUACGCCGACUGGGCUAGGGACAACUGUGCCAAUUACUGUGGAUUCUGCAGUGGCAGCAGCGGUACCCAAGCUCCGAGUGCUGCAACGGUGUGUGAAGACAAAAUUCCAAAUUGUCAGGAUUACGGUACAGAUACCUGUACUGGACAGUACACCGGAUGGGCUUCUUUCAACUGUCCGAAAUUCUGCAACCUCUGUGGUGGAAGUGCAACUCCAAAUCCAGUCAUCAAUCCAACUCCUGGAACAGGAUCUGGCACAUGCUCUGAUGUUUUGCCGAAUUGCGCCGAGUUUACCCGUGAUUCUUGUUCGGAUCCGUAUCUGCAGUGGGCUAAGACAAAUUGCCCACAUUACUGCGGGCUCUGUGGCCAAACGGGGUCUGGGACUGGAACUAACCCUGGUGGAAUGUCCGGAACAGGAACCUUGCCAGGUGGUACAGGAACAGGAACCAAUCCCGGUGGAAUAAGUGGAUCAGGAACACCUGCUCCUCCAGGUGGUACUGGAACUGGAUCACAAGGUGGAUUUAGUGGAACCGGAACAAUGGCUCCAGGUGGUACCGGAACUGGAACACAAGGUGGAUUUGGUGGAACUGGAACCAUGGCUCCAGUUGGUACCGGAACUGGAACCCAAGGUGGAAUAAGUGGAUCGGGAACACCUGCUCCUCCAGGUGGUACUGGAACUGGAUCACAAGGUGGAUUUAGUGGAUCCGGAACCAUGGCUCCAGGUGGUACCGGAACUGGAACACAAGGUGGCGGUUUUUCAGGAACUGGAGUUAAUCCAGGAGGUAGCGCAAGCGGAACUCAGGGAGGAUUCAAUGGUCAAGGAUACGUUACCGUAUUACCAGGACAAGCUUUCACCGGAAGUAAUUCUGGGUGCUAUUACAAGGGUCAGCUUUACCAGACUGGACAAUCUUGGCAGGAUGGCUGUGAUUACAACUGCACAUGCGCAGACGGUAUGCGUGGAUACUAUGUCUGUAAUGCUUUGUGCACACAAUGGACCAAUCUGCCAGCAGGCUGUGUACUUCAGAAACCACAGGGAGAAUGUUGCUCGUCUCCCAAGUGUUCUGGAAGUGGAUCGGCUUCCGGUACCGGAACUGUAAAUACUGGCUCUAGUUCCGGAUGUUACUACAAGGGUCAGAUGUACACACAAGGCCAAUCAUUUGACGAUGGUUGCACUUACAAGUGCCAGUGUACCGACGCUAAUACAGGAUACUACACGUGCAAGAACAAGUGUGUCCAGUGGAACUUGCCAGCUGCCUGUAGUCUGAAUCCCCCUGCCCAGGGGAAAUGCUGCAAGACCCCAAACUGUCCACAAGGAUAUGUCCUCAACUACCCUCCAGGAUACAUUGAGGAAUAAGCAAGUGCUGUCCACACUCAUUAUAAUAUUUGUUUCAUACUAUUGUUUUUAAAUGCUUUGUCAAUAAAGGAAUAUAUAACACUC